AAAAGAACAAUUUGACCAGUAACAACUACCAGCCAAGAUGCGUAAGCUCGUUCUUUUGUUUGUGUGCAUAUCUCUGUUAGCCUGUGCGCAGGCUAAUCAUUUAAUUUUGGGGCAUCGUUCACCGAACGACACUCUAAUUCAACAUCGUUUCAUUAUCAAGCCACCGAUACCUUUCGUUGUACCAAGGGUGACACUUGGAGCAAAUGCUCCUCCUGGAGAAGUGAUUUCGUUUGUCGGGGUCGGAAACAUCAACCCUGCCAAUGUAUUGAUCAGACCAGUCAAAGGGGGUAUUGCCACCCCAUUUAUAGUCGUGUCAGUGAUUGGAAAAAUAGGCACUGGACUUUCGAUGAAAUUUGUUGUGUACUCUACUCCCGUAAACGGCGCAGGCACCACUGAAGAACCUACAACGGUGACUACCACUGAAUCAACGGUACCAAGCGACGAACCAUCCUCCCCACCAACCACCCCUGAAUCAACGGCACCAAGCGACGAACCAUCCUCCCCACCAACCACCCCUGGACCAACGGUACCAAGCGACGAACCAUCCUCUCCACCGACCACCCCUGAAUCAACGGUACCAAGCGACGAACCAUCCUCCCCACCGACCACCCCUGGACCAACGGUACCAAGCGACGAACCAUCCUCUCCACCGACCACCCCUGGACCAACGGUACCAAGCCACAUACCAUCCCGCCCAUGGACCACCGGACCACCACUUAGACCAUCAGAAAGCAGCACUGAGGAACCAUCCUCCUCUGAAAGUACCGGUGCAGAGCAAUAUUCUCAUUCAAGCAACUCUGCAGAACCAUCCCCUGCAGGUAGCUCUGCACCACCAUCGUCACCUUCCAGCAGUUCCGCGCAACCAACUGCUCCUUCAAGCAGUCCAGUACCCCCCUCCAGUAGCUCCGUACCACCAGUAAGCAGCUCUGAACAACCAUCAUCCCCAUCGAGCAGCAGCCCUGCUCCACCAGCAAGCAGUUCUGAACAACCACCCUCCCCACCGAGCAGCAGCCCUGCUCCACCAGCAAGCAGUUCUGAACAACCACCCUCCCCACCGAGCAGCAGCCCUGCUCCACCAGCAAGCAGUUCUGAACAACCAUCCUCCCCACCGAGCAGCAGCCCUGCACCACCAGCAAGCAGUUCUGAACAACCAUCCUCCCCACCGAGUAGCAGCCCUGCUCCACCAGCAAGCAGCUCCGAACAACCAUCCUCUCCACCGAGCAGCAGCCCUGCACCACCAGCAAGCAGUUCUGAACAACCAUCCUCCCCACCGAGUAGCAGCCCUGCUCCGCCAGCAAGCAGCUCCGAACAACCAUCCUCUCCACCGAGCAACCCUGAACUACCAGUAGGCAGCUCUGAACAACCAUCCUUGCCUGCAAGUAGCACAGUAGAGCAAUAUUCUCAUUCAAGCAACUCUACAGAACCAUCUCCUGCAGGUAGCUCGGCACCACCAUCUUCGCCUACCAGCAGUUCCGUGCAACCAACUGCUCCUUCAAGCAGUCCAGUACCUCCCUCCAGUAGCUCCGUACCACCAGUAAGCAGCUCUGAACAACCACCCUCCCCACCAAGCACUCCUGAACCACCAGUAACCAGCUCUGAACUACCAUCCUCCCCAUCGAGCAGCAGUCCUGUUCCACCUGUAAGCAGUUCUGAACAACCAUCCUCCCCACCGAGCAGCAGUCCUGUUCCACCUGUAAGCAGUUCUGAACAACCAUCCUCCCCACCGAGCAGCAGUCCUGUUCCACCUGUAAGCAGUUCUGAACAACCAUCCUCCCCACCGAGCAGUUCUGAACCACCUGUAGGCAGCUCUGAACAACCAUCUUUGCCUGCAAGUAGCACUGUAGAGCAAUAUUCUCUUUCGAGUAACUCUGUACCACCAUCUGCCCCUUCCAGUAGUUCCGCAGAACCAAGUUCUCCUUCAAGCAGCCCAGCACCCCCGUCUAAUAGCUCUGCCCCACCAUCCAGUAGCGCUGCACCACCAAGCAGUUCCGAACAACCAUCUCUCCCGUCCAGCAGCCCAGCGCCACCAUCAAGUAGUUCCGAACAACCAUCUUCCCCAUCCAGCUCUGCUGAACCACCAAGUAGCUCUGCUGAACCACCAAGUAGCUCUGCUGAACCACCGAGCAGCUCCGCUGAACCACCGAGCAGCUCUGCUGCACCACCAAGCAGCUCCGCUGAACCACCAAGCAGCUCCGCUGAACCACCAGGCAGCUCUGCUGAACCACCAAGCAGCUCCGCUGAACCACCAAGCAGCUCCGCUGAACCAACAAGCAGCUCCGCUGAACCACCAAGCAGCUCUGCUGAACCACCAAGCAGCUCUGAACAACCAUCUUCCCCUUCAAACUCAGAACCAUCCUCUACAGCGUCUCCACCGCCUGCACGUUGGUGGACUUGGUUGUAAAUUCAUACCAAUGCUAUAAGAAGUACCCAAAAACUAAUAACGGGGUACCCAUUAGAAGAUUCAACCCUUUCUAUUGAUACGACCAAUGGAACCUACAGUCGUAAGAUGCAUCCCAGUGAGCGGGAUCCUAAUUAACUUGCCAUACAUCACUGCCCUAAGUAUGCACAAGGAAAACUCAAUGUACGAAAUAUUUUCUCUAGAAUAUUCUUUUAAAAUAAAUUC